UAAUUCCAGCUUAACUUAUUAGACUUGGAGAUCCUAAAGAAGAAAAUCCGGUCUCGUUUCAUUCAAGCCGUUUUACUAAAUUACUACACGGCCCCAACAAACGUACACACAGCAGGCCAAAACGGCUGCUACAUACGGAGCUUUAGAGCCAAAGCCAACAACUGCGAUGGGUGAUUCCACCAGUCUGUGUUCGCUCAAUGUCGAGAGCUCACGUCUCAAAAUGUUCUAAAACGAUCGUCGUCAUGUCGUUCAUAAUGUAGCUGCUAUUAAAAAAAUAACUAUAAACAGUAAACCGUCUCAUUCCUAAAAAAAAACGUAUAGUACAAAAUAUUAUAACCACUCAAUAAAGAAGCGAACAUGUGAUAAAUAUUGAAUUUAUUUCGGGCUUUUCUUUGGGCGCAUUAUUUUUCGAGAUGCAGGAUAGUUCGCCCGAUUUGUCGUUGAAACUGCGGAGGGGUUCCAGUGACUCGAGAGAUUCCUUCUAUAUGGAUUUCGAUAGGGGAAUUGAUUCGGACAUCGAGGAAAUGGCCACUACUUCUGGGGCGGAUUUUGGCGGAGACACGACUGGAGAAAUUACCGUUACUCACAGCGCAACCGGAAUGAAAACCGAGGGUGCUAGCUGGCCGACGAUUCCUCCUCAAAAUAUAAGCGGCGGCAGUCGCAGUAGCGCAGCAUUGGGGUUUCGGGAUCCUCUUUUGCCGUCUCCUGCCUCUACCAGUGCCAUCAUAGUAUCACCGGAAACGCUAAGUCAUUCAUCUCCAUCCAAAUCUACUGCCAAAAAAAUGACGGGGCACGCUGUACAAAUUCAAACGCAUAAAACAGUUUCAACGGCCCCUUUAGCAAUUCCUGGAUACUAUUAUCAUCAACAUCAAUUACCCGUGAUGAGAAGACUUAGUAGAGCGGAGAAACAAAUAGAAUGGAGACAAUUAGGGGCGGAUGCUUUAGCAACUACGUUGUCAGCUCUGUAUGGAAAAUUGCUUGUUGUUAUGGGCACCGCCUUCCCCAUGGCAGAAGUAAUUUCCACUUACAUUCCACCAUCGUUUUACGAAGCCUACUACCUGUAUCUGUAUAUCGGAAGUAUGUUUUUUCUUCUUUAUAUGUAUACUGUGCUUUUACGAGACAAAAGGAAUAUUAAGAAGAAAAACAGAGAAAACGCUUGUGUAGAAGCGCUUCAGGCUAGUAAAGACAUGAUAUCUGACGAGGAGUCUGAUAAUGAUUCAAAUAGCACCACCGUAACGAGUUCGGAAGCGCCGAACUACCGACCAAGAAUUACUUCUUUUUCGUUAACUAAGCAGAAUUAUUAUGGAAGUUUUUAUCUUAGAAUGGGAGCAGUAGCUUUUGGGAUAGGAAGUAUGAUUUACUCUGGUUUAGAAUUUGGACAAUAUUUUGAAUUAGACGGAAACACCAAAUGCCACAACGUACUUUUGGCCCUAACACCAGCUACAAGAAUGGCCUUUAUUUUUAUACAAAUGUACUUUAUUUUUCUAAAUAAUGAACAAAUGCGUGUAUAUAAACAUAAAAUAGCCGCGAGAUUUGGACUUAUGCAUAUGAUAGGUACAAAUUUGUCCGUUUGGCUCAACGUUCUAGUCCAGGAAACUAAGCACGAAAUUCUCACGUUUUAUAAUCCAGAAAAUAAUUCCCUUCGAAUAUCCCAUAGGAUACCAUACAAAGGAAACGUACUAGGACUUCCCAUGGUUACGACAGAACAUCCCCUUGAGGCUCACGGUCACCACAUUGCAAUACGAGGCUUAAAAGGACCCCAUCACCUCUACGAAUGUAGACGAACCAACAUCAUCGGUUCCCUAGUUCAAGACGCCUCACCUUUCCUAUUUCCUUGCACCAUAGAAUACAGCCUCAUAUGUGCCGCCAUUCUUUAUGUCAUGUGGAGGAGUAUUUCUAAACUGCCACAACCAAACAACGCUUUGGUUAAAACCAAGUGUGAUAUUAGCAACUAUAAGAAAAGUCCCCAUCAUUAUACAGUCGAUUGUGCUAGGGCUCAUAAAGGCCUUUUCGUAGGGAUUUUGUUGUUAGUAUUGACUAUUAUUUCCCUUAUAUUGUUUUUCGUAUUGAUAUCUAGAUCGGAAUUUGUCGGGUUAGCUGUUAUAGAGGUGAAUAUAUGCGAACUCACCUUAUAUGGUAUGACAACGAUAGCUUCAGCGAUAGGGAUGUGGCAAGUACGCCAGUUGCGUUACGACGGCACAAAAAACCUUCAGUUAGAUAACAUUCUUUUAGUAGGUGCGCAAACAGGAAUGUACAUCUACAGUACCUUUACAAUAAUCGGAGGGCAGUUCACUAUUCAGAAAAAUACGGUCUUGGUUUUGGUUACUGCGGUCGCUUCACUUUUGCAAACUACCUGCCAGACGAUUUUCAUUCUGGAUGCGUCAAGAAGAUCUUGUGGUACUCCAGAGCAAAUUAGAAAGAAGCCUGGUAGAGAGAUAGUGACAUUCUUGUUGGUAACAAAUUUAGCGAUGUGGGCAAUAAACACUCUCGAGAAAUCUAGAGCCGAAUCUCAUCCUAUUCAGUUACAUUUCUACGGGUUGUGGGCGUGGACUAUUAUUACUCACGUGUCAAUGCCUUUGGCUAUAUUUUAUCGAUUCCAUUCCACUGUGUGCUUGUGUGAAAUAUGGAAGAGAGCUUAUAAGAUGAAACCGACUUAUAUGUAGUACAAAGUGAUAUUUUUAAGAUUUAUAUAUUUUCACGGUUUAUAUAAGCAAUUGAAAUAUUUUUGCAAUUUUCCAGCGUAAGUAUAUUUUGGUAUAAACUACAACGAGAAAAAGUAUGUGCCAUUUUGAAAAACAAUUAGAGUAGAAUCGUUUAAUAAAACCAAAUCAAUUAAAGAAAAUCAUUCACGGGAAAUAAAUUAAAAAAAAUACAAAAUAUACCUAAUUAGAAUAUUAGCAUAUCUUGUACAAUAAAUUCAAUCAUACAUACAUAUACACAUAAGAUAUCCAUCCAUAAACCUUUCACAAACACAGUAUUUUUGACAUUAUAUAUUAUAUACAGCAUUAUUAUAACUAAAAUCGUUAUUAUACACAUAUGAAGAAUAUAAUGAUUUUUUUAUAAAUUCACAUGUAACGUCGUUUUUUAUAUUAUAAAAUGUAAACAUAAGUACAGGUACCUAUUUGUAGAAAACAUAUCCUUUAAAUAAAGACAAUACAUAUUUACACAUUUGUAACCAUCGCUCUAUACAUAUAUUACAACAUUAGUUACUUAGUAUUUUUAUAAUUCGUUUCGUGUAUCGUUUUAAUAGUUUUCUAUGUCACAUAGCCCUAAAAAUUAAUUUUAUGAAGGAUGUACAUUUUCAAAACCAAUACACCACCUUUGCUCAAAUGUAUUAAAAGCUCAUAUAUGUAUAUGUCCUAUAUUACAUAAUAAUAUACUCUUAUAUAAGGCUCUCAUUUUACUUUAGUAAUAUAAUAUCUGAUCAAAAAUAGAUAAAAAAUAAUAAAAAUUAUAAUUUUUCAAUAUUUUACUGAUAUUAUUGUUUUUAAAAUAAUUUUUUAUUAACUAGGAAUAUGAUACCCUUAAUUACGGUUUUUACUAUUCUUAGUUAAGCUCUAAGGCACUUUUUUGGGAACAGUUAGAAUUAGAUGUUUGAUAUUUCUUAUACACUUUUAUACAUUUUUAAGUGUUUUCUAGUAAUAAUAUUUUUUAAUAACCAUAGGUCAGGGAUAAAUUCACAUGGAGUGUGAAUACAAUACAAAUAAAUAUAUAUUUCACUAAAAAUUUCCAAUUCUAUUCGAGACAGAUAGUUUUUAUAUAUGAGAAAAUGGUCAAAAGCAUGUACAUACAAAUUAUGCAUUUAUUCAAUUUAUACAAAAAAUAUCUGAUUUGGAAUAUUGGCUGAGCCAAGUCACACAUCAUGCAUUGGAUUUCAAAUAAAUUUCUCGAAAUAUUAUACAGGGUGACAACAAAAUUGUUAAACUUCAAUUUUGUCUAAACGAAGGAUUUUAAAUAUCACUCGUUAUGUUUGUUUGCAUUUUAUAUAGACCUUAAAAUUAUGAAAAAAUAUGAAAUAUGAACCGAAGAUUUAUUUUGAGCUAUAUGCUAUAUGCUACACAAAUUUCAAAUUUAUACGAUCGAAGGCAAUGAAUGAACGAUUCCGUUGUCACCCGAUAUAGAGAUUGAUUUAUAGCCUUGUAAGGGUUCAGCGAAAAUCAGUUCAAGCUAAUAUUUUUUAAGAAAAUACGCAUUUAUGUAAGUUCAAGACAGUAGCACAGAUCGUUUUUAAAUGAUACAUUUUUAAAAUAUUUCCAAUAUACGGCAUUAAAAAUAUCGAAUUUAGUAAAUCGCAAAUAAAGCCCCGUACUAACUAUGCGCUGAAGCGGUUUGUCAGUUGAUGCGCCAAUUGAUCAUGACGCGCCAAUGCGUGUCGAUGCGAUGGGUUGUGCGGUAGUUCGGGGAAUGUCGUUUUUUGGGCGAACCGUCAAAAGAAAUAUGGCGAACACAAUAGACGAAUUUCGAAACCUCGACGAGCUAUGCACCGACGCACUACGAACCGAAAAGUAUGUAGUAUGGGGCUUUAAUCUAUACAUACCGACGAGUUUGCAUUAGAGAUAGAAACUAAAUUUUGUUUUACAUGAAACAAUCUGCGUUCAAAAGUUUUGUAGUCUGCUAGGAAAUCUGAUGUUGCGGUUUGCCAAAUCCUCAUCACCUGAUUCUGAUAUAUUUAUUUGGCAGAGGGACCUUAAGGUUCCAAUUUAUGACUAUGAGGAAUAGUAUUACGAACUUGAGAAACAAUUACAUACAGUCUUCCUUCAAAACUGCCGAUUAACAGAUAAUGUUAAUGAACUCUAAUAUUGCUCUAAAAUAAAUGAUGAAGCCUUCGAUUUUAGUUGUGGUUAUGAUCAGCCUGCUACUGAACAGUCAUAGAGGAAGUAAUAAAAGUUUUAUUAUCUUUCUCUAUGUGAACAGUUAAUUAAAAUGGAACUUUAAUAUUAUUACCCUGAAAGUGAAAUUGAUUUAAUCCGUUAUUACAUUACUUUUAGCGUGACACUAUAGACUCCUAAUAAUAAUGUCGCACAAGUAUAUAAAAUUAAUAAAAAAUAUUAAGCCGGGACCUCAUUAGCCAACACCCGAUGACAUGCCACGCCAUGCUAUGCUAUCCCACGUGUUGCGACGUGGGAAUGGGUGUACACAUUUGGUAAUACCUGUUAACACGCCUGAAAUUUUUAUUAGAGUUAAAACAAGUUAUCAGUAGUUACGAAAAUAUACUAGAAGUAUCGAUACCCAUAUCGAUAUUAGAUUAUAAUCAUAAUACCAAUACACCAAUAUUAUAUUCAGAAUCCAAUAUCGAUAUUUAAUAAGAUCAAUCUCUUGUUGCCGAUUUUUCCUGGAUUUAUUUUGUUAUAUCCGAUGUUGAAUCGAUUCAAAAUAUCGAUUUAUUUUAUUUUUGGGACAUCCCUACAUCAACUACAAAAGUAGAUAGCUACGGGACUAGAGAGGCAAGAGAGGAACAACACGCUGUAACACACAUCGGUGAGAUCUGGGACUGACGAAUGCCCAUCACACGUGUGAUAGCGUGUUAUGGCGUCGGAUGGCGUGGCGUGUUGCCUAAUGUGUACGCAAUACAUGGAAUUAAAUGGAAAAACAUACGCACAGAUAUUCACGACGUGGGGUAGCAUGGUAUCGCGUGGCUUGGCGUGUUGGUUAAUGGGGUCCGGGCAUUAUUCAUGUGUAAUGAUGUGAAUCUGUAUAUCAGAUAUUAAGUUAGAAAUUAGAACACAAAAAAGGUUAAAACAUUAUUUAGUAAAGAACUACAAAUAUUUUUUUCGAUCGAAAUUUAACAAGUAAACAAAUUGAAUAAAGUCGUUUGAUAUGUUGCAUGUACAUCGGAUAUAAACAAAUCGUUAAACAACUUUAUUAUGCAAUUUGAUUUUAUUUGUUAUAAUAAAAUUGAAACUGACUCAAAAGCGGUUUAUUAAACGGCAUCAACGCCACUCGCGAAGUAAUAUAAGUUGAUGUAGGCCAAAGUUAUUUCGUGUUUCGAACUUUGUCUCGUCUCGGCUUAUUUUCAUUUCGUAAAACGCCUCUACAUUACGCGUGAAAUUUCGGAGAAGGGAUUGGCGGGGAGGGGGACUUUCGGUUGUCUCCUGUUGUUUCUUUCAAUUUCGUUUUGUCUCGAGCGACUUCCAUGUCGUGUAGGUUUUUAAGUCCGGGUCAGAGAAAUUUUUAUUAUAAAUUAUUAUAACACUUAUUAGUGGCUAACUUAUUAUAUAAGUUAGCCACUUUUUUACUUAUUAACCUGUUAUUUACAGGGUGUCAAAAAAAUAGCGUAUACAAUUUUGGUGGGUGAUUCUACAGAUAAAAAUAAAACAAAAGGUCAAACCUGAUCGACUCUUCAAUUAAUAAGUAUAUCAUUACAAACAUAUGGCAUGUCUUAAAACUAGGAAAUGGUGUAACAUACGUAUAUGUAUUUGUUAGGUUAUAAGUUACCAAAGUAUUAUUCUAUAUUAUUGUUAAUGUAUUGAGUUUUGAAUACAAUUUGUUAUGUUGCUUUAUAAUAUUUUAUUACUGUAAUACGCUUAGUGUCGUAGUGAUAUACCUGCAUACUAUAGUUUUACUGGUGUUUGAUGGUCAUAUAAGUCUGAUUAAGAUCUGAUUAAGUCUGAUUAAGAGACGCAAAAAACGUCCACUGAACUGUUUUAUGUUAAUCAAUAGAUAAAUUAUUUUAAAAAUUUUGUCAUGAUAACUCCGGGAUGAUAAUUCCAAUAUAAGUAGUUUUUAGACCUAGAAAUAGUAUUGCUGGAGCCACACCUGUUUACCUAUAAAUCGGUUGAUUAUCGCAAUAAAAUGCUUUAAUUUUAAACGAAGCAUAAUAAUACUUAACGCUUCGUCCUACGUGGUCGACAAAAGCGCGCGACGCGGGCGGUAGGACCGACGCGAACUUAUGUUUUCUUAUGAAAUCGUCCUGCAUCGACGAUGCAGGACACUUUCAUAACCAUAGAUAACAGAGCUAAUUCAUAAGUAUUAUAAGAAAAUUUUCAUUGUUCAUAAGAUAACAUUUUUUGAUAACGUCGCGUCGGUCGUAUCGCUCGUAUCGCGCGCUUUCGCAUUUACGAAAUCUGAAGAGAAAUAUUCCCCGAUAAUUAAAAGAUAGCGUUUCAAUAUAUUUACUUUUUUUAGUAAAAUAUGAGGACAAUAGACCGAAUAUUUUGAAAAUAUUUUCAUAGAUAUACUGGGUAAUUAAUAGAUUUUGGUUCUUUUUUCCAACUUAUGUAUUGUAGUAUACGUUUGUUUAUUCUAGUAUACGUUUGUAUAUACCUUUGAAUAAGAAGACUAAGGAAGGAGCAUAUCAAAAAUCUUAGGUACACCGCGAUGGGCCUCAAA